AUGGCGUUUUAUCCUCUGCAAAUUGCUGGGCUGGUGCUGGGGUUUCUCGGCCUGGUGGGGACUCUGGCCACAACCCUUCUGCCUCAGUGGCGAGUAUCAGCUUUUGUUGGCAGCAACAUUAUUGUUUUCGAAAGGCUCUGGGAAGGGCUCUGGAUGAACUGCGUCCGACAAGCCAAGGUCAGGUUGCAAUGCAAGUUCUACAGUUCUCUGCUGGCUCUGCCCCCUGCUCUGGAGGCUGCCCGGGCGCUCAUGUGCGUGGCUGUCGCGCUCUCCUUGAUGGCACUGCUCAUUGGCAUCUGCGGCAUGAAACAGAUCCAGUGCACCAGCCCCAGCGACAGGACCAAAGCGUACCUUCUGGGUGCUUCUGGGGUGCUGUUCAUCGUCACGGGCAUCGUGGUCCUGGUCCCGGUGUGUUGGACAGCCAAUAUCAUCAUCCGGGACUUCUACAACCCCGCCAUCCACGUGGGUCAGAAAAGGGAACUGGGGGCCGCGCUUUUCCUGGGCUGGGCGAGCGCUGGGGUCCUCUUCAUCGCGGGGGGUCUGCUCUGUGGGUAUUGCUGUUGCAACCGAAGAAAGCCAAGACUCAGCUAUCCAGGCCCUGGAUACUGCGUGCGGCCCCCAGUUAAGCCCAUGAACACGACUGAGCUGAGGGCCACCACUAGUUAUGUCUGA